AUGGGUCACUCUCAGGAGCUCAGUGAAUUCAAGCGUGGUAUUGUGAUAGGUUUCCACCUGUGCAAUAAGUCCAUCCAUGAAAUUUCCUUGCUACUAAAUACUCCACAGGCAACUGUUAGUGGUAUUAUAGCAAAGUGGGAACAACAGCAACUCAGCGACGAAGUAAAAGGCCGUGAAAAAUGACAGAGUUAGGGGUUGGCCCCUUAGUUCCAGUGAAGGGAACUCUUAAGGCAUCAGCAUACCAAAACAUUUUGGACAAUUUAAUGCUCCCAACUUUAUGGGAAAAAGUUUGGGGAUGUUCCUUUC